AUGAUUUAUUUUAUAGUGAUCUUAGUGAUAAUCGCACUGUACUUUUAUGGAACAAGGAAUUACAAAUAUUGGGAGCUUAAAGGAAUAAAGCACGACAAACCGCUACCAUUUGUAGGAAACAAUGCAAGAAAUUAUUUGAUGCAGAAGAGCGCUACCGAACUAGCUGCUGAAGCUUACUGGAAGUAUCCCAGUGAGAGAGUAGUGGGCUUCUAUAGAGCAACUCGCCCGGAACUCGUAAUUCGGGAUCCUCAACUCUUCAAAAAGAUUCUUACUACAGAUUUCUUCUACUUUUAUCCGCGUGGGUUAAAUACGCACAAAAUCAUCAUUGAACCCAUGCUUCGGAAUCUUUUCUUCGCAGAUGGCGAUCUAUGGCGAUUGCUGCGGCAGCGACUGACGCCAGCAUUCACGAGCGGCAAACUACGAGCUAUGUUUCCUUUGAUUGUUGAGCGUGCUGAGCUUCUCCAAAACCGAAUUCUUCAGGCGUCGGAACAGUCCCCGGUUAUAGAUGCUCGAGACCUAAUGGCCCGUUAUACCAUUGAUUUCAUAGGCGCAUGUGGCUUCGGUCUCAAUGCUGAUUCUCUUAAAGAAGAUGACUCAGAAUUUAGAAAAUUAGGUACACAAAUUUUUCAAAUAAACGCUGUAAAUGUCGCAAAAAACUUUUUAAAAGAACUAUUUCCGGGGACAUUCAAGCAUCUUAAAUUCCUCGAUAGCGUAGAGAAAACUAUUGUAAAACUGCUGAAAGAAGUACUUCGCCAGCGUAAUUAUGAACCUUCUAAUAGAAAUGAUUUUGUAGAUUUGUUGAUAGAAUGUAAGAAAAAGGGUACCAUCAUCGGGGAAUCAAUAGAAAAAGUUAACGAAGAUGGGAAGGGGGAAACCGCUGAAUUGCAUAUAGACGAUGAACUUUUAGCCGCCCAGAUGUUUGUUUUCUUCGCAGCUGGAUUCGAAACAUCUUCGUCCGCCACUAGUACAGCUCUCAACGAGCUUGCUCAUAAUCCUCGAGUACAACUUAAAGUUCAAGGAGAGAUUGACAAAGUUUUAGCGAAAUACAAUAACAAAUUGACUUAUGAAGCUGUAAAAGAAAUGACUUAUUUAGAGUGGACGUUUAAAGAAGCGAUGCGUGUGUUCCCCUCACUUGGGUUUUUAAUACGAGAAAGUGCUCGGAAAUACACCUUCGAAGAUCUGAAUCUGACCAUUGACGAGGGAGUAACGAUUAUGAUUCCACUACAAGCACUACAUAACGAUCCACAGUACUUUGAGGACCCCCAACAAUUCCGACCGGAACGUUUCGAUCCAUCAAACCCAGACUUACACCUGUUUAAAGACGUCUACUUGCCUUUCGGGGAGGGACCACGAGCUUGCAUUGGUCUACGCCUUGGUUUGAUGCAGUCUCUGGCUGGCUUAGCAGCAGUUUUAGCUCGGUAUACCGUGUCCCCCGCGCCUGGAGCACCACGACGACCGCCCGUUAGUCCAGCUUCUGACAUCGUUCAGUCAGUGGUAGGCGGAGUACCGCUGAUUUUCGAGCCUAGGACACUAAAUAACUGA